AUGCAUUCAACAGCGGACGGCGAAGAAGAGGCUCUGGGUGUCGCUCUGCCGCUCAGUGCGAGGAUUUCAAUGACUAUCGAACCCGAUGCUGGCCCAUCGUCCGAACCUGCCACACCCGCAGAAGGAACAGAGGCGGGGGAAAAUCGAGCGCCCGUGGCUACCGCCAUGCAUGAUAAUAGUCAAGAGGAGAUGGUACUGGGAGACGAAGAGAGCGAUAAGACUGUACAGUAUAAGCAUGCUGCGGAAGCACGCGCGAACGAUAGGAUCACCGCGAAAGUUCCUGCCAGGCAAUCAUCCCUCCCGCAGGAGAUUGCUAUGACAGAGAUGCCUAAGAAUACAAUGCCAGGGCCCCCGGAACAGGGCCAAGCCCUCCACGAACCUUCCACAUUGGGAGCCACAUCAAAACGCACCAUCGUUACUCCGGCAUCUUCUCCAUUGCAACCGACCCCUCCAGUGGGGGAAGAUGGGACGCAGAGAGAUGACUCCAUCGAUAUCCAUUUACAAUACCCGCGUUGUUCUCAGGAAACGCACGCGGCCGACGUCACCCCGAAUUCACCGUUAUCGAACGCCGUCGCAGCUCCGCAAAGCCAUGCGAAGGAGACUGACACAACUCCUGGUCGCCCGCGCAUCUUACCAUCUACCUCUCCCCUCAUGUCUACCCUUAAUGACACACGCUCGGAACGGCCGUUAUCUCCAGUAUCAGCACUCAAACGGGGAUACGCCGGACCACAACGGGACGUGGUUGCUUUCCUCGUGGAGCAGAUCCAGAAGAAUGCGGCUCGUCGGUUGAGGAAGGAGCAGGGUCCAGAUGCUGAAGUUCCCGUUGAACCCUUGCCGUCCGACAGAGUUGCGCAAAUCGUACGAAGUGGUGUCGAUGCUUUCGCGCGGCAGAUUUUGGAGGCGCAGAAGCAACUCGCGGCAUUGCAGAUGGUUGAGGCGUUGAAUGAAGAUCAACGGGAUAAGCUUGGGAGUGAAAGAGACGAGGAAGUCAAGAACGUGCAAGCACGUUCAGAAGAGUGUGCAGAUGCUGCUUCAUCUGCGCGAAAGCAGCCAUUGCCGGAGACGCCAGAGACGCCAACGUUCAGAUCCUCGCGAAACCCUGAGACUCAAACCUUAAAGCGGCCACGCCCAUCAGACGCGGAUGCCAAAGAUACGUCUUGUUCCCGUUCAUCCCCGCCUUCGUCCGCACCCACAGACGAAGAUGUCGUGGAGUGGCCGGUCACAAAACGAUUCCGUAUGAAUGAAGAUUCUUCGGCGCCUAACCUUGAGGUUAUCGAUGGCUCACAUGGCUUAAUGUCGCAGAGAUUAGCCACUCUCGCAACAUCAGAGUUAGCGCCCAUCGGCAAUGCGGAUGCUCCGACCUUACACACCCCACUGCCUGCCAAAGAGCGUUUCAUCGUCCAUACGGACACCCCCGAUGCACAGCCAGAAGCUGUGGAGGAGCCCGUUCUCCCCGAUGGCAAUGAAGCCGACAAUCAAGGAACAGAUGGCUAUAAAGGUCCGUGUGUUUGA